AUGGCUAUAACAAAAGCAAAAGAGAAGAAAAUAGAAGGAAGGGUUGAGUAUAAAGGCACCCAGCUGGUACAGGUGCACAGCCAGCGGCAGCUCCUCCUGCAGUUCACUCCUGAGCCAGAGCCCCCGCCUCCAGAACGACAUGAUGCUCAAGGCUUCGCUUCACUGUCCUCCAUCAUCCUCUGCCAUCGUCAUCGGCUAAGCAGCCUGCGUUAUCAGUGUGACUGGGCAAAGGCCUUAACUAUUGCAUAUUUCCACAUCCUCUCUGUCACAGAGAGCUUCGCCAGCCUGAUUCACGGCUUGAAGGUGGACCACCUGACGGAUGGUGUCAUUCGGAGGAGCAAGAGGAUGAUUCUGGAUUCUCUGGGUGUUGGUUUCCUGGGAACAGGCACAGAAGUGUUCCACAAAGUCACCCAAUAUAGUAAAAUCUACAGUUCCAAUACCUCCAGCACCGUUUGGGGUCGACCAGACUUCAGGCUCCCACCCACAUAUGCUGCUUUUGUGAACGGCGUCGCUGUUCACUCCAUGGAUUUUGAUGACACGUGGCACCCAGCCACCCACCCUUCCGGGGCAGUCCUGCCAGUCCUCACAGCUCUAUCAGAAGCCCUGCCUCAGACUCCAAAAUUUUCUGGCCUUGACCUGCUGCUGGCAUUCAAUGUUGGUAUUGAAGUACAAGGACGGUUAAUGCACUUCUCCAAGGAAGCCAAGGACAUCCCAAAGAGGUUCCAUCCUCCCUCUGUGGUGGGGACUUUGGGAAGUGCCGCUGCUGCAUCCAAAUUUUUAGGACUCAGCUUGACAAAGUGUCGAGAGGCCCUAGCUAUUGCUGUUUCUCAUGCUGGGGCACCCAUAGCAAACGCUGCCACUCAGACCAAGCCCCUUCACAUCGGUAACGCAGCCAAGCAUGGGAUGGAAGCCACAUUUCUAGCGAUGCUGGGUCUCCAAGGAAACAAGCGCAUCUUGGACCUGGAGUCAGGGUUUGGGGCCUUCUAUGCCAACUACUCCCCCAAAGAUCUUCCAAGCCUGGAUUCUCACAUCUGGCUGCUGGAUGAGCAGGACGUGGCCUUCAAGAGCUUCCCAGCACAUCUGGCUACACACUGGGUGGCAGACGCAGCAGCAGCUGUGAGAAAACACCUGGUGAUUUCGGAAGGAGUCCUGCUGCCUGCUGACCACAUCGAGAGGAUUGUGCUCAGGAUCCCCGAUGUCCAGUAUGUAAACAGGCCCUUCCCAGACUCGGAGCAUGAAGCUCGCCAUUCCUUCCAGUACGUGGCCUGUGCCAUGCUGCUCGAUGGUAGCGUCACUGUUCCGUCCUUCCGCAGUGAGCAAAUCAACAGGCCACAGGUGAGAGAGUUGCUCCAAAAAGUGGUUUUGGAACACCCCCCUGACAACCUGCCAAGCUUUAACACACUGUACUGUGAGAUAAGCGUUACCCUGAAGGACGGAACCACCUUCACGGAGCGCUCCGAUACCUUCUACGGUCACUGGAGGAAACCACUGAGCCAGGAGGACCUGCAGAAGAAGUUCCGAGCCAACGCCUCCAGGAUGCUGUCCAAGGACACGGUGGAGAGCCUUAUAAAGGUGGUAGAAAGCCUCGAGGACCUGGACGACUGUUCCCUGUUGACCUCGCUUCUGAAAGGACCCUCUGUCCAAGAGGAGGACACAAAACUAUCCCACACGUUCUCCUUCCCUCACACAAUGUCUAGGUUUACCAAUGUCUAAACAGCUUUGCACCAGAGGAGAUUCAGUUGUUUGCUCUGCUGCUCCAUUCGCCCAGCAAUGAACAGAGCAGAGUAGAGAUAUGAACAGAGAUAUGUGUAUUUGGAAGGAGUCUUGUCCUAUAAUCUUGAGAGACCAUUUCCACUACCUUCCAGAUAAUAUUCAAGAAACAAACAACACAAGAUCAUAUGUGUAUUCACAAAGGUAAAGUCUGAGUCCCCUGCGAUGUGCUUAUUAUCUCUCCUGAGUAAUUAUCUGUUAACUCUGGGAACUUCACAGGUGUGGAGGGAAUUGAACCUGCAUGCUGCUGGCUGCAGGUGGAGCAAGCUCUGGUCUGGGUCACCUCCUGCCCAGAGAGGAUAGGUA